CUCUCAUCAACCGCCAGCGGACAACUUCGUAUCAAGCAGUGUAGCCUAAGCCUAUCGUUCGUUGCUACCUAGCUCCUGUAGGAUUAAUUAGAUAGAUUUUAUAUGAACGAGAUCGUCCAUACUUACUGUUGCUUGGCACCCCUACUACCGUUUCGAAAAUGUCCACUAAGGUAGUACAUCAAGCCGCAGGCAUCAACAUGACAACAUCUGUUGUAGUUCUGGGAAAACUUAUACUUAGGAACAUCACCCUUGUCUGUUGGCUCCUAACAAUGUAUUUUUCACAUGAUAUCAUUGCAGCUACUUACGCAGUCAAGGUGAAGAUGGACAUACCCAGCACGACCAGGAGUUCCGACUCUCGUCCGGCGGUACCUCCGAGGCAAGAACUGAUUCCCGAUCGCGGCAGGAGAACAAACUUCCCAAACGCGGCGGCCCAUACUGUGACACCAAACGCCGACUCAGCCCCGCCAUCUGUUCUUUUCCAAGCGCGAGCAGUUCCUACUGUAAAAGACAGAGCUGCCUCUUGUCUCAGUGAAGUGGCAAACGCUUGGGUAGGAAAGUACGAGGAGGCUCCGUGUGCCGUCACUGUUGGAACUUGCGUGGGAUUGUGGAUCGCCCGCGAUCACCCUGUUUUUGGCUGUUGCUGUGUCUGUGCGAGUACCGGCAUGCUGCUGACGUCCCCAGAGAGAGUGGACGCAUAUCUUCGACAGGAAGCAGUCGCUCCCACCGACAAUCAGCGACGGUUAAGGACUACCUCUACCACACGGCGCAGGCCAGUGCGCGCCGCGCGUUCAGCAAGUAUGAGUGAGGACAGAUCUUCUGCAGCACCGGUGGGUCAUGGCGCAGCUCCACGCCCCCGAGCACCUCGUGCUGGUGUUAAUGUCGUUGCGCGGCAAGCUCCGGGGCGAACAGACAGAUACAGAUUGGAGCCUGACGCGGAGCCUGAACCUUGCGCCGCCUUUGAAACAAUACCUCCACCACAACACGAGAUGAUGUUCUCUGGCAGUAUUGCUGGGUCACGAGAAAUCCGCCGUUGACAUGCGACCAGUGCGAAUUCGCCUCAUUAGACAGAGUUAUCAUGGAGAAUUGUCAUGCCCGUCGCAGACUUGACGACGGUUUGACGAGGAAAAAUCCAAAGCGGAUUAUGAAGAUUGUAUGAUAUUUGUGUUUCGAAGAAGGAGUACGCAGCCGCCACCAGGUCAAUAAGUGUACAAUAUUAACGCAAACGCUCCUGCGCGGGGACGCUGAAGAUGCUAUCAAUGUUAAAAAAAAAUGUUUGCGCUUCUAUCGGGUUUCUUCUGUGCACGUCAAGGAAGCGAUGCAGAGCAAGGUUUUGCGCUGACGGUAGGAAGGAGACCCAUCGAUGAGCGGCGACACGGCCACCAUGACGAU